ACAGAUAUUGUCCGAAGCUGAAGGGAUUUUUUUUUGCAGGAAAGUGCGAAGACGUUUUAAAAAAAAAAGAAAGAAAGAAAGAAAGAAGGACAGGAAGCGAGAGCGUGCCGCUGCGCCGUUUGGCAUCCUCCGUGCGCAUCUCUCUCUCUCUCUGUCUCUCUCCCAUCAUCCCCGCUCCGACUCCCGGCGCUCCCAGCCCGACCGUCCCCGCCGACCGACCCCCUCUCUCCUCGCUUCUCCCGGAGUUUGACCGCAGCUGUGAGCAGCUGGGAGUCCAUGGCCGGAGCCGGCCGGACUCUCUAGUUCUCUUGUCUUCUCCACCGAGGCGGAUCACCGAAAGGGGGACCGAGCGCGGAGUCCGAAGGACUGGAAAUUAUUUAUCCCUCUCACAUCGACGUACCGCAUGGUGGGAAUUUCUGCCUCUUUUCAGUAUCGCACUGGGAAGCGCUCCACCAUGCCCGACUCACCUGCGGACGUCAAGACACAGUCCAGGUUGACCCCCCCUACCAUGCCGCCCCCACCCAGUACACAAGGAGCGCCUCGUAACAGCUCCUACACACCCACCACGCUUACGAACGGCAGCAGCCAUUCCCCGACGGCGCUCAACGGCGCCCCGUCCCCGCCGAACGGCUACAGCAACGGCCCCAGCUCGUCGUCCUCAUCCUCCCUGGCCAACCAGCAGCUGCCGCCGGCCUGCGGCGCCCGGCAGCUCAGCAAGCUGAAGCGCUUCCUCACGACCCUGCAGCAGUUCGGGAACGACAUCUCACCUGAAAUCGGAGAGCGAGUUCGCACGUUAGUGCUGGGACUGGUGAAUUCCACGCUAACCAUCGAGGAAUUUCACUCCAAGCUCCAAGAAGCCACCAACUUCCCCCUGCGACCUUUUGUCAUCCCAUUUCUGAAGGCCAACCUGCCGCUGCUUCAGAGGGAGCUGCUGCACUGCGCCCGGCUGGCCAAGCAGAACCCGGCGCAGUACCUGGCCCAGCACGAGCAGCUGCUCCUGGACACCAGCACCACCUCCCCGGUCGACUCCUCUGAGCUCCUGCUGGACGUCAACGAGAACGGCAAGAGAAGGACGCCGGACAGAACCAAAGAGAACGGCUUCGAGCGAGACGGCGCCCUGCACACGGACGUCCACCCCAGCAAGCGGCCCUGCACCAUCAGCCCCGCCCAGCGCUUCAGCCCGUCCAACGGGCUCUCCUACCAGCCCAACGGCCUGCCGCACCCGGGGCCGCUGCCCCCGCAGCACUACCGGCUGGACGACAUGGCCAUCGCCCACCACUACCGCGACACCUACCGGCACCCGGCCUCCAACCACCGGGAGAUCCGGGAGAGGGCCAGGCCCAUCGGGAUGCAUUCAGGGAGCAGGCAGGAGGAAGUGAUUGACCACCGGCUGACAGACAGAGAAUGGGCUGAGGAGUGGAAGCACCUUGACCAUGUAAGAAAACUGCUGAACUGCAUCAUGGACAUGGUGGAGAAGACGAGGCGCUCGCUGACGGUGCUGCGGCGGUGCCAGGAGGCCGACCGCGAGGAGCUCAACUACUGGAUCCGGCGAUACAGCGACGCCGAAGAGUUGAAGAAGGGCGCCGCAAGCGGGCAGUCGAGGCAGCAGAGUCCCGCCGCACAGGAAAACACAACAUCAGAAAUUCACAGGGAGCUGCUACACCGGCCUGUAUCUGGCUAUGUACCGGAAGAAAUCUGGAAAAAAGCUGGUUCGGGAGGCUUGACUUCCUCUGUCUCCACACUCUUUCCAGAAGAGGCCGUGAAUGAGGUGAAGCGGCAGGCCAUGUCGGAGCUGCAGAAAGCCGUGUCGGAGGCCGAGCGCAAGGCUCACGAAAUGAUCAGCAGCGAGCGAGCCAAGAUGGAGCGCACGGUGGCCGAGGCCAAGCGCCAGGCGGCCGAGGACGCGCUCUCCAUAAUCAACCAGCAGGAGGACUCCAGCGAGAGCUGCUGGAACUGCGGCCGCAAAGCCAGCGAGACGUGCAGCGGCUGCAACACGGCGCGUUACUGCGGCUCCUUCUGCCAGCACAAGGACUGGGAGAAGCACCACCACGUCUGCGGCCAGACGCUCCAGGCCCAGCAGCAGCAGCAGCAGGCCGGCCAGCAGCAGGGGGGCGUCCCGGGGUCGGAGACCCCCGCCCCCAUCAGCUCCUCCGCCUGCACCCCGAGCAGCGGGACCGGGAGUCCGGCCGCCACCCCGCCCGCCGCCACGCCGCGCUCGUCCACCCCCAGCACCCCGUCCUCCUCCGCCCUCGACGGCACACAGCGCUAAGACACUCCCCCCCCAACCCCCCGCGGAGGUCGCAGGCAACGGCGUCCCGAGCGUGGCGGCCGGAACUCGACUGACUGUCUACAUUGCCUCGCAGAGACGCCGUGACGACGGGAGGAGUCGGCAAUGCUUCUGUCUAUCUUGCAGCGUAGUCAUAGAGAGAGGAGGAGGUCCAUAUUCAGGUCAUAUUGACUUGCCAUGACUUUAAGGAAACACAAAGAUAUUCUUUGUUUUGAAUGAAUGAAUUUAAAUAUUGACAUCCUUUUAUUGUUACACUUGCUAUUCUCGUUGUUCGUUUGUCGUUGUACCUGUUGUUGUUAACGUUGUUGUCAUUGUAGUUUAUCUUAUUUUUCUCCUGUAAAUAUGAAAAGACUGAUCAGAGAUUUCCGUCAACUCAAGACAAGUAUAUCUGACCUCCUCUUUUGGAAUCUUUUUUUGUUUGUUUUUUUUCCAUCCUUGAAUUAUUGCUAAUUUCCUUCCUGCGCGUGGGACGUGAGACGAGCCAACCUCAGACAUUUUACCAAACAACAUACCAAGGAACACAACAAGCUAGCAGGAAGACCGGCGAUACCAGCGCUCGUUUGCUAGGUCCACAUGCGCUGAAAGACACGCAGACGGAUGACUAAACAAGUUUUCUGCCCGGAGAGGAGAGGAGGACCGAAUCUCUGGCCCGCAGACCGCCGUGAAAUGGGCAGAUGUGCAGCAGAUUGCGAGCGGAGCCAGCUGUUCAGCCAGUGUUGUUUCCCUCUCACUUGUAAUGAUAUCCAGGUCAGUGGGCUGGGAAAUACAAACCCGUCUCCCCGAAAAGGAUGUAAAAAGGCAGAAUUCUUGGAUAAGAUACAAAACUUUGCCCGCUGCACAUGUGGGGGAUGUACUGAAC